CUCUUGCAAGUGCUGAUUAUUAAAGAGUGCCCGAAAUUCUUAGAGUUUCCAAUUUCAAACCAUAUUCUUUAUCCUAAACUACAGGAGCUCAAGAUACAGGACUGUCCAGAAUUCUUGUCUCCCAUCUCCUGGACUGAAAGUCUGCGUAAUGUCGAGUUAGCAAAUGUGAAACUAUUAAAGAGGUUUACAUACUCAGGAUCAUCCGGUGGAGCAGAAUUGAAAAUUACCGGAGAGAGUGAUCUGCUUAGCUUAGACCAAGUGUUACUUUUCAGUAAAGAAACAGGUAUUGAGAAGCUGACACUGGACAAGUGCCCACCUCUGGAGUUGAAGCACCUUCUGAUGCUAACCUCGCUGAGGACAUUGAUUGUAAAAGAAUCAGUUGGUCUAGUUGGACCACUAGGAGGAGGUCAGAGUGAUGUGGAAUGGCAGCUCCCUGUUGAGUAUAUCAAGAUCUACAAAUUAAAUGGUAAUACUGGCAAGGAACUGACAGAGCUCCUCCCCCACCUCCCAAAGCUCUCCAAAUUGGUAAUAUGGUGGUGUAAAAGCAUAAAAAAGCUGGUAGUGGGGGUGGAUGUGCAACAAACAACACAAGAAGCAUCAGAGAUGGGGGGAGGUGAAAUAACAGCAGCAGCAGAGGAAGAGGAUGAUGGGGUGCUGCUCCUCCCAGCUCAUCUCUGUGACUCACUACGGGAAUUGUGGUUCAAUUACUGCCCAGAGCUGGUCCUGGUUGACCCUCCAACUCUUGUUCCUGGUGGAGGAUGGCUCCAAGCCUUGCGAUCCCUCCAGAGAUUAACAAUACGAUGGUCCCCAAAGUUUCUAUCCACCUUCUCCUUUUCCCGUUACCUUUUUCCUUCCUCCCUGCAGUUCCUGGAGCUUGUGGGUGUGCAAGGUAUGGGAACACUGGAGCCCCUCUCAAACCUCUCCUCUCUUAUCAGAUUAGAAUUGGGUAAUUGUGGAGAGGAUCUGAAAUGUCAGGUCUUGUGGUCUCUCAUUACCACCGGCGGCCAACUCAAGGAAUUAGAAGUCAGGGGAAGCCAUAGAUUUUUUGCUGAUCGGGAUCCCAAUCCCAGACGGGCUUUGGAGGAUGCUGAGGGAGGUGAAGAGCAGCAGACACAGAUUGUUUCAUCCACACUGCAUGAGCUCGGGACAGAUGACAUAGCAGGAUUUCUUGCUGCACCCGUCUGUAGAUUCCUCUCUUCCUCCCUCACCAAGCUGAAACUUCGAGGGAAUUGGUGUGAAGGGAUGGAGCGGUUCAGCAAGGAGCAAGAGGACGCCCUUCAACUCCUCUCCUCCCUCCAGGAACUUGACUUUUCAUGUUUCAAGGACCUUCACCAACUCCCUGCAGGGAUGAGCAACCUUACCAGCCUCAAGAAAUUAACAAUCUAUGAAUGUCCAGCCCUCUCAUCAUUGCCCAAGGAUGGCCUCCCCAAAUCACUGCAAGAGCUAAAUGUCGGAUUGUGCAGCAACCAGCAGAUAAGACAGGAGUGCCGCGGAUUAGAGGGAACCAUCCCGAAAAUCGUACUAUAAUGAUCCAAGGACAAUGCCUUGUACAUUCUUUCAGCCCUGUAGAGUCCAACUCUUUUCAUGACAUGAGGGUCUUGUGGCCGUCGUCUUCCUUCCUAUACAAAAUUCUGGUG